AUACCACUUUAACACAAAGAUGUUAUUUUUUCUUUAUAUCUUUCUUAGCUUGUGAUCAUCUUCUUCAUCUGAUAUACCAAAAAAAGGUUGAAACAAAGGAAAAAAAAUUGCUGAUCAGCAUAGCCAGAGAUGGCUUAUGCUGCUCUUGUCUCUCUUGAAAACACCAUACACCGAUUCCUAAAUGCUAAUCUGUUUUCCAUCUCUGUCGAAGAAAAACAGCAAAUUACAUCUCUGCUUGAGUAUCUUACUCCCUUUCGAAACUUUCUCGAAGAAUUUCCUAAUGAAUCCACAAGCUGGGAGGAGCAAAUGAGGGAGCUGGCUAAUGCAGCAGAAGAUACUAUAGAAUAUCUUGUGUUGGAGAAGAUUUUUUUGCCUUGUGAAGAGGAGUCUGAAUCCCAUCCAAGUGGAGACCAUGGACUCGACCUGAAAAAAGUCGUCAAAGAGACUUGUUCGAAGCUGGAGACAGUGGCUGAGAUCGUGGAAGAAUUCCCAGAUGAUGCUAAAGCUAAAAGUUUGAAAGGCCGAAUCACGGAGAUAACAACUGGUUUGAGAGAAAUCUACGCAUUUUACAAGUUGGAGAAAACUCAUCGUCGUUUUAGAGAAAAGUGGAGAUUUUUACCAUCAGAGUUGGACAAAAUCCAGUUUAUACACCACUUGAACAAGACAAGAACUGAAAUUGAUUCGGUCAUGGAGGAAGUGAUGGCCAUCGAGAAUGAUAGCAAUGAAAUUGAAGCCACUUCAUCUCCUACACUUGCACCAGUUGAUGAUAUAGUUGACUUCCCUCUAUAUGAUGCUGAUGCGUCUGAAUGCCAUCGAAGCGCAAAACAUGAGCUCCAGCUGGAAAAAGUUAUGGAGGAGAUAGCUUUGAUUUCUGCAAAAGUGAAGAACACAAAGGUUAGUUCCAGUUCCAGCAGCAAAGAAGUUCGACGUGGUGCUGAUUCUUCUUCUCUAAGUUAUUCAGAUUCUUUGACCGUCAGUUCUUCAUCAACUGCUCCACCCAUCCACAAAAACUCCCUGGUUGGUUUUGAAGAUCAUGUGAUGAACAUCAAGGACCUGCUCUGUGGAGAACAAUCCAAGCUCCAAGUCAUACCGGUAUGUGGUAUGGGGGGCAUCGGCAAAACUACUCUCGCCAGAAAUGUUUAUGAUGAUGAACUAAUUAAGGAGAAGUUCGACAUUCGUGUUUGGAUUACGGUAUCACAGGAUUACAGUGCACAGAGAAUUCUUUCAGACCUUCUGGAGUCCCUUAAGGAAUACAACAACCAGAGUGGAAAGGAAGAAAGCGCUGACAUAAAGGUGUACCAAAUUUUAAUAGGCAGGAAAUAUUUAGUUGUGAUGGAUGACAUCUGGAGAAGUGAGGCAUGGGAUAUUGUUAGGAAUGUGUUUCCUGAUAAUGUUAACGGAAGCCGUAUCAUGCUAACUACAAGGUUGUAUGAUGUGGCUUCUUAUCCUGGUCCUUCAAUCAAGCCUUAUGAGUUGGGUUUCCUGGAUGAAGUUCAGAGUUGGAGCUUACUUAAGGAGAAGGUGUUUGCAAAUCAAGAUUGUCCAUCAGAUUUGGAAAAUAUUGGGAACGAUAUCGCAAUAAGCUGCAAAGGGUUACCUCUCGCUAUCGUGGUGAUUGCAGGACUUUUAGCUACAGUCUCUAAGAAUCCAGCUUCGUGGAUGGAGAUUGCGGAAAUGGUGAAGUCUGCAAAAACAGCAGAGCAAGAGCAUAUUGAAGAGAUACUAUCUUUGAGCUAUGCGGAAUUACCUCAGUUAUUGAGGCCAUGUUUCUUGUACAUGGGUUCAUUUCCUGAAGAUCAUGAGAUAUAUACCACCAAACUCAUUAGAUUAUGGAUAGCUGAGGGCUUUCUCAAAUUUCCGAUCAACACCAAGAGCUUUGAAGAGGUGGCUGAAGAGUGUUUGGAGGAACUUGUGAAGAGAAACCUUGUUUUUGUCACAAAUUGGAAAUCUGAUGGGAGAAUCAAAAGUUGUAGCCUCCAUGAUCUGAUUAGGGAGCUGUGCAUAAGAAAAGCUCAGGAAAGUAAAUUUUUUCUGAAUUUGAUGGAUAAGCAUAUUGAAAAGGAGAAAUUUAUGGAAAGCAUAAAAAAUGAGCGUCGGGUAAGUACGUCUUAUCUAAGUUUAUUUUCAAGCUAUCGUGGAUCAACUAUCCAUUCCAUCAAAUGCUCCAAGUAUAAUUUAGUAAAACUGGACUUUGUCGAAGGUGUUAGAUUGGUGAGGGUGUUGGAUGCUGAAGCUGCUGAUGUGGAGUCAUUGCCAUCUCAAUUAUUUGAGCUAUUUCAUUUGAGAUACCUUGCUAUUAGAUAUCAUUAUCGUUUCCCUAGAAUCUUACCAAAUCUUAAAAACCUGCAAACCUUAAUCAUUCGUGCAGUAAAGAGAUCCACAAUCGGAUUAUUAGUAGCUGGUAACAUGUGGGUGCCGUGGUGCAUGCAAGAGCUAAGACAUGUUUACUUUCAUGGGGUGAUUGCCUUUGAGUAUCCCAUAGAAACAACAUGUUCACUAGAAAAUCUACACACGGUUUCGCGGCUUAGCAGUGUGUGUUGUAGAGAGCGUAUCCUGAAAAAGAUCCCAAACCUCAAAAAACUGAAGGUUUAUUGUGAUGAUGAUGAUGAUUAUGAUUAUGAUGAUGAUUAUGAUAGAGAUCCAGGUUGCCUGAAUAACCUGGUACAUCUGCAUCGACUUGAGAAAUUGGAAUUAUAUGCUGCUCAUUCGUUUAGAUUGAGCUACAAUCUUGCUUUUCCUGAGAAGCUCAAAAGGUUGACUUUGAGGGAUUUGAAACAUCCUUGGAGCAACAUGAUUGUUGUUGGUUCAUUGCCAAAUCUUCAAGUGCUUAAACUGAGAGGUUGCACUUGCAGUGAUGGCACAUGGGAAACAACUGAAGGAACAUUUCCAGUGUUGGAAGUUCUUCAAGUUGAACAUUCAAGGUUUGAGAACUGGAUAACAGAAAGUGGUCAUUUCCCCAUGCUCAAACGCCUGCUACUUGGUUUUUGUCAGGAUCUCAAUGAGAUUCCAACUGAUAUUGGAGAAAUUCCGACUCUUGAACUGAUUGUGGUUAUGGGCAAUGUGAAGAAGUCUUUAUUGGAGUCGGCUGAACUGAUAAGAGAGGAACAAGAAGAAAUGGGAAAUGACACCCUUCAAGUUUUCUGCAUUCCCCAGUCGUCUUGACAUUGAAGUUAUUAUUCCAAUGAGCCCCUUUUCACGAGUUUUGAUGAUGAAGGCGUCUAUGAUGAUGAAGAUGACUAUGACGAAGAUGAUGUACCUUCCUCAUGGUUCAAAUUCAAAUGGGUCGGAGGAAGGAAAUGUGUGAAGUGUGUUGAAGCUUUAUCAAAGAGACUUUACUAAAGAGGUUUUCUAAGAUUUGUUGUUAUGGAACUUGUUUCAAUUUGUUUAAUCGUUCUGUACUUGAAUGUUAAUAUGAUGUGUUAUAUGAAUAUGUUCUUAUUA